ACGGAAGUUCGUGAAAAAAAAAAAAAAAAAUUGGAGAAAUUGUUGGAAAUGCAACAUGUCGCACUUCUUUCGAUCGAAUUAAGCAGUCGCGCGUGAUAUAUAUUGUAAUAUAACCGUCGAUAGUGUUCCGUGUCGUCAUUCUCGCUUGCGACAAUUUGCGAAUUUCAACGAGAGCGUUGACGUCCCGUCGCGCGACUAUGAUGUCAUUCCGGGAGUCGAUGUCGAGCGUGCUGGACGUUUCGCCGUCUCGCGGACGAACAUAACCCUGAGAUAAUAAUGAGUCGUCGUCCAGUUUCAAAGACGAUUGUCUAAUCGCGAGCGAACUUGUUUGCGUUUCGAACGGAGAUAAUCGAGUGGAUAGUGUUAAAAAAGUCAAUAUGGGACUGUUGUUCGCAAAAUUGUGGAGCCUCUUUGGCAACGAAGAACAUAAAAUAGUUAUGGUUGGUCUGGAUAAUGCGGGAAAGACAACUAUAUUGUAUCAGUUCCUGAUGAACGAAGUUGUUCAUACAUCUCCUACAAUUGGAUCUAAUGUGGAGGAAGUGGUGUGGAAAAAUAUUCAUUUUAUUAUGUGGGAUCUUGGCGGGCAACAGAGUUUAAGAGCUGCCUGGUCCACUUACUACACAAACACAGAAUUUAUCAUUAUGGUAAUAGACAGUACGGAUCGAGAAAGAUUGGGCGUAAUUAGGGAAGAAUUGUAUUCGAUGUUGAAUCACGAGGAAUUAAGUAAAGCCAACGUUUUGGUCUAUGCCAACAAGCAAGAUUUGAAAGGUAGCAUGACCGCUGCUGAGAUUUCGAGGCAGUUGGAUCUAACGUCUAUAAAAAAACAUCAGUGGCAUAUACAGAGUUGUUGCGCUCUUACAGGAGAAGGGCUCUACCAAGGACUAGAGUGGAUCGUCGGUCGUCUAAAAAAGACAUGACGUACAUUAUGAGAAUUGUUUAUAAAUAUAAAGAGAAAUAUCCAAAAUGUAAAAUACAUUAACAUGAUAAGCCAUUUUAGCCACUCACUUUGAUGGUUAUGACGAAAGAACAAAGCAGCAUAAACUGCAGCAUUUUACUAGCUAUUUAAGUCUCUCGUAUGAACUGUAACCCUCAAAGUGAAUCUUACAUCCGUUAGACCGUUAUAGUGAACACUUAAUGGACGGUGGACGGGGAAAUUUAUUCAUUAGCUGCUAAAAUAAAACUCAGUGCAAACCAAUAUAUUUCUCUACGUGCAAUAAAAAGAAAGUGUAGUAUUAAUUGUGUUGUUCGCAAUUUGUAUUUUUUGAUAGCAUAAAUACAAAAUUCAAGUGAGAUUAAGAGAUAGAAGAAUUGCAUAGCAAAGAUAAUUGUUUUGAUUGAAACAUGUAUAUAAAAUACAAUUUAAAUUUAUAUAUAUAUAUAUAUAUACAAAAUAUACUUGUUUUGACUUGUUUGACUGUAAGUAAAUAAUCGUUAAUCAAUUACAUCAAAGGUGUCAUCAACUUUCAUCCAAAAAGUCAGGUGCUUACGAAUACAAAUUUUAAAGUAAAAAACUUCUUAUCCCGUCCACCUGUUCACGGUAAACAGACAAUGAAAAUAAACGAAGGUGGCAACUUGUUACUUGUAUACUCCUAGGUUGACGUAUAAGAGUGCAACAGAAAUGUAUCUGUGUACAUAAAUUUUUUAUACUUCUCGUUAAGAAAUCGAGAUCUGUAAAAAACAAAAAACAAAAAAAAAAAAAGGGAAAUGUUAAAUGCUUAUAAGUAUAAAGCGAGAAAGCACAGAGUCUAGAACGUUUCUGUAUGUGAAGAUCCAAGUAGAGUCGGGGCAAGAGUUUGCAAUCGAAACUUCUCAAAGCAGAUUACGAAUUACUCUGUGAUACACGGAUUUGAUUCUGAGACAGUUGUUUGCUGUUUGAAUUGCGUAAGAUAAAAUAUUGAUGAGAGGAAAAGCUGUGUUUCCAUCAAACAAC